AGUUCUUGGAAACUGAUUGCUAAUUAAUGAGUGCCAUGCUUCUUUCUGUGAAGACAAGUUUCAAAACAGCCCGGGUCACUCGAACCACCAACCACGUGAACUGAAAUUGACUGCUGAUUGGCCCCCUGUCUAGCAACUUUUCCAGGGUUUCUAUCACUUUUUAUGGCCACUGCCAGGAGAGUUAUCGUUGUUGCUGUUGUUUUCAUUGUCUUUGAACGCUUUCUAUAAUGUUCAUUCUUCAGACGCUAAAUUCAUCGUUUAAAGCGUUUUUAAUCAGCCAGGGUACUAGGGUUGGACAUAAGGAUUUAAUUAUUUUCGCUCUUUUCUAUAUUGUUGUGGAUAGUCUCAGAAGAGACUUGACAGUGACUGUCAUUUUUCUGCGUUCUGAUUGGCUCCGUGAUGACAACCGAUGGGCGAUGAGUUGAAGAGUAAAUUUUUCCCUGUUUCCGUUUUUUGGCCCAAGCUGCAGACAUGUGUCACCCCUCCCAAGUAGCAUGGUUUCCAUCGCGGAGGCCUAUGGGAUUGCGGUUUGUUGCCACGGUAAACAAAUAUGGCGGACGGACUUAUCAAAAGUACCCGAAAGACACCAACAAAGUUUGACAAUGGAUAUGAACCGACUUUUGACUUUGAUGGCACUCCUUCCUGUUUAAGCUGGAAAGUUGAAGAUGUCGCUGACUGGGUGGAAUUUUUAGGGUUCCCGCAGUAUCGGGCCUGUUUUAAAGAAAAUCUCAUAAAUGGAAGGAAACUUAUCAAUGUCGAUGCUUCAUCUUUACCAAGAAUGGGUGUCACAGACUUUGAACACAUUAAGGUAAUAGCUAAAAGAGUUCGAGAAGUGUUAGGAAUAGAGGAACCAUACUGGAACCGUAGCAUCUCUCUCCUACACAGGGAAUCACUCGGACUGUUUCUUGAAAAGAAAAGUAACACUGGUGUAGAAGCAGAUCUGUUGACUUUUGAAGAUUACAAACGUUACUUACAGAAACUAGAGCCUUGUGAAAACAACAAAAGAUAAUGCUUCUUUCAGGGAUAUGUGGCAACCUAUCUUUGCAAGUGGCUACACAUGUGUUAUUACAGUUAUUGUGUUUUUAAUACAUUCUCAGUCUUUACUUCCUAUCAGUGAGAAGGAAGGAAAGAGGGAACAGUAUGCUUCUUCUUUGAGCUUCUUUCAUUUCAUAAUUUGUAACAGAUCCUUUGUCAAUCAAUACCUCAUUUUUGUUUGUCAUUUGUCUACUGUAUUUAUUACUCUAAUUCAUUUGUCUUUCAAAGUUGACGACUUGAAAAUCUGAAAUAUGUAACAUUCACUCAGGUCACUUUUCAGUGUAUAAUGCAAGUGCUUGGUUACUCUUGGUUCCAUUGUCAUCUAACAGUGCCUCAUGGUGAUUUGUGAAUGGUAUCCUCUGAAUACAGGUUCAUUUACAGUAAAUUUGGAAGAGAAAAUUGAAA